AUGACUGAACCCUCAUCAUCCUUCAAGCUCAUCCUCGUCGGCGAUGGCGGCUCCGGAAAGACCACCUUCGUCAAACGCCACUUUAGUGGUGAAUUCGAGAAAAUGUACAUCACCACUAUGGGUGUCGAAGUCCACUCCUUGAAGUUCGCCACCAAUUUCGGAGAGAUCACCUUCGAGACCUGGCACACUGCUGGUCAGGGAAAGUUCGGAGGUUUUCGCGAUGGUUACUACAUCGAAGGGAAAUGCGGUAUUAUCAUGUUCGAUCUUAUCUCCCGCAUCACCUACAAGAACGUCCCCAACUGGCACCGUGAUCUCACCCGUGUCUGCGGGAACAUCCCGAUUGUCCUAUGCGGUAACAAGGUCGACAUCAAGGAUUGCAAGGUCAAACCCAAGGCUAUUGACUUCCACCACAAGAAGUCCAUCCAAUACUACGACAUUUCUGCCAAGUCCAACUACAACUAUGAGAAGCCCUUCCUCUGGUUGUCCCGUAAGUUGGCUGGCCAACAGAACUUGGAGUUUGUUGCCUCGCCAGCCUUGGUCCCCGCCGAAGUCGAGAUUAACGCUGCUCUUAUGCAGCAGUACACCGAGGAGUUGAACCAGGCUACUGCCAUGCCUCUUCCUGACGAGGAUGAUGACCUGCAAAGGACGCCUAUCAAGAAUUAG